UUUGAAUGCGUGAUUUUUGAAGUUCAUGUUAUAAUAGUGAAAAUAUAACAUGUUUCAGAAGAAAAUCAUAACGAAAUGUCUAAAUUAUAAAACUGGAACUAUAAAAUUUCUGGAUUUGUAAAACAUGCAUUUAUGUGCAUCCAUUAAUAGACUGCAUGCUACAUGGAAUAACUUCAUAAAUAUAACGUGUAAAAAGCAUGUUUUAUCUUUUUAGACGUAGAUUCCAGCAGUCAUAUUCCAAGAUGGCGUUGUGUGGGGACGUCUCGAAAUUUUUCAUCAUCGGAUCUGUUCUUCAAACACUUGCAUUGGUUCUUCAUAUCAUAGGACUUGCUUCACCUUACUGGGUUUAUUUUGAAGACGUUGAAGAUGACUUUAAGAGAAAGUCGAAUGCAGGGUUGUGGCUAGCUUGCGAUAUUAUUAGUGAUGGCAGUCAACAUAUCAACACUUGUACCUACACCAGUAGUAGUGAAUUAGAUUGGUUUAAGGCAGUUCAAGCUUUUGCCUGCCUAGGGUUGAUCUUCCUGCUGUUCGGCAUUGUUGCACUGGCAGUGAAACGUUGUAUGGACAAGGCGUCGAUUCUUUAUCUGUCUGCUGGGUUAACAUUUGCAGGAGCGGUGUGUAUUUUGAUAACCAUUGCUGUUUAUGCCGCCAAGAUUACUGACCUCGGUAUAAGUGGUUACCUUCAUUUUGCCUUUGCUUUUUGCAUCAUUGCGAUGAUUCUUGCAAUACCUGCUGGGAUUUUCAUAAUUAUUGAAGCCUCAAAAAAAUAAAGGAGUUUAAAUUCAUUUAAGCCUACUAAAACCAAUUUGAUGUUAUUUCAUUCAAAAAGGGAAAACUCGAUCAUCACGAAUACGGUACAUGUUUAUCUGGUACCUGGAUUUUUUUAAUGUAUUCGCUCACAGGUGACUUUAUUAUGUAAUGAAAACGCAUUAUCCAAGACAGUAAUAACUUUUCUAAGCCAUGAAAAUAUUAUACAGUACACAAGC